GAGCGAGGACUGAGGACAGGAAGUCGCAUAUCUUAGCGUGGAUGCUAACGGUAAACUGUAAUAUUUAGCCACACCUCGCAGGUCCAUCUCCCACAAACAAGAAUGGAUAUAAGUUAACAAUGACUGGAGAGAAAAAGAAGAAAAAGCGGCUGAACCGCAGCAUUCUUCUAGCCAAGAAAAUCAUCAUUAAAGAUGGAGGCACUCCACAGGGGAUUGGAGAGCCCAGUGUCUACCAUGCGGUGGUGGUUAUCUUCCUGGAGUUCUUCGCCUGGGGACUGCUCACCACUCCCAUGCUUACGGUGUUACAUCAGACAUUCCCCCAGCACACAUUCCUGAUGAACGGACUUAUUCAUGGUGUCAAGGGUCUGCUGUCUUUUCUGAGUGCUCCACUAAUCGGUGCUCUAUCAGAUGUGUGGGGUCGGAAGUCCUUCCUGCUGCUCACGGUGUUCUUCACUUGCGCUCCCAUCCCUCUCAUGAAGAUCAGCCCAUGGUGGUACUUUGCAGUGAUCUCCAUGUCUGGUGUGUUUGCGGUCACUUUCUCUGUGAUCUUUGCAUAUGUGGCCGAUAUCACUCAGGAGCAUGAAAGGAGCACAGCAUAUGGCUUGGUAUCGGCCACUUUUGCAGCCAGUUUGGUGACAAGCCCAGCGAUCGGUGCUUACCUCUCAGCAGCAUAUGGAGACACUCUGGUGGUGAUUCUUGCCACGGCCAUUGCUCUGCUAGACAUCUGUUUUAUCCUGGUAGCGGUUCCUGAGUCCUUGCCUGAGAAGAUGAGACCAGCUUCAUGGGGAGCCCCCAUCUCAUGGGAGCAGGCAGACCCCUUUGCAUCCUUGCGUAAGGUGGGCCAGGACUCCACGGUUCUCCUGAUCUGCAUCACAGUCUUCCUGUCUUACCUGCCUGAGGCUGGACAGUAUUCCAGUUUCUUCCUGUAUCUCAGACAGGUCAUUGGAUUUACAUCAGAAACAGUUGCUGCCUUCAUUGCAGUGGUGGGAAUCCUGUCCAUCUUGGCUCAGACGGUUGUCCUGGGAAUCCUGAUGCGUUCCAUAGGGAAUAAGAACACUAUCUUGUUAGGCCUCGGCUUUCAGAUCCUACAGCUGGCCUGGUACGGCUUUGGCUCCCAGCCCUGGAUGAUGUGGGCUGCUGGAGCCGUUGCUGCCAUGUCCAGCAUCACCUUCCCAGCAAUCAGUGCCAUAGUGUCCCGCAACGCAGACCCCGACCAACAAGGUGUGGUGCAGGGGAUGAUCACGGGAAUCCGAGGACUGUGUAACGGUCUGGGUCCAGCGCUCUACGGCUUCGUCUUCUACCUGUUCCACGUGGAGCUCAGUGAAAUGGACCCCGCAGAGAGCCCAGAGAAGGGUGCCAAACCCAACAUGGCCAACCCUACAGAUGAGAGUGCCAUCAUCCCUGGCCCUCCCUUCCUGUUCGGAGCGUGCUCGGUGUUGCUGUCCCUGCUGGUUGCCCUCUUCAUCCCAGAGCACAAUGCCCUCAACCAGCGGCCCGGUAGCUACAAGAAGCACAACAACGGCGCACAGAGCCACUUACACAGUUCGCAGGGCGGACCCUGCGAGGGCAAGGAGCCUCUACUGGAGGACAGCAGCGUAUAACCCCACUGACGAGGGGGACGGGCGACGGACCCCAAACCCCCUCACAAUCACCACCCCAACCUCCCCAAACGCACGCGUGCAGUGCAUCUUUUACACAAGAUGGCAUCACCGUCCUCUCUUGUUCCCUCGCGGAACGAGCUGUGGGAACUGGUGCAGAUCUUACAAGUGCGUUACUGGGCCAACAGGGAGCUGACCUUGGCCUUGAGGAACAGGAAGUGGAGCUAAAGACAUUUUGCCUUGCACAAGUGAGGGAAAUGCGAGCAGACGCAGUUGUGUGCCGAUACAGACUUGGUGACGGUUUUCCUCAUUUUUACUGUUACGUAGUUUUUUUUUUUUGUUGUUGUUUUUUCUCUCUUUCAGAAUUUCAACAUAAAUUAUAUAAAUGUUCCUUGUCCAAAGACCUGGUAACUGUAACAAUAGGGAACGUGUCUGUCGUGACGUUACAGGCUAACUUUUGAUGUGCUGCUUUCUACUGGUUCUUCUUGGGUUUUGUACUACAGAUACAACAAAUUGAGUGUCUUCUCUUUGAAUCCUAGAGGAAACGCAACCAAGAAAUUUAAGAGAGAAGGUCAUCAGCGUCAUUUCACGCAGUCAUCGCUGUAGUAUCAUGCCCUUUCAACCUACAGUUUCUGUUCUUGUACAUCAGAUGAAAUGGUUUGUACUUCCUCUCCUUUUCUAUCAUGAGAGGUAUGUCAAAAUUCAUGCAGGGGAAGUAAAAGAUGCCUUUAAGUGACUUUCUAUUGCAAUUACCAAACCCAGAUGAAGACUUCGCUCUGAGAAGGGUCAAUCGUAUCGCUCCUGUCGGAGCCUGCACACAUUUCAUUCUCAUUUAUCGUCCGCCUUGCCGCCAGAGCUCCCUGUGAACGUCAGCACUGCCAUGUUUCAACAGGCUAGCAGGGUUAAGAGCUUACUGACCGCAUACCUAGUUUUCAUAUUACCGCAAGCACUGAUGUGGGUGGAUUAGCUUACAUGUUAUUGGAUGAGCAUCGCUAGAUCCAGUCAAUUAAUAUCACACAUGCUGCUACUGUAGGUUGUACAAGGUUACAAAGUUCUGUGGUAUUAUACUAGACUCUAAACGUGGUAUUUCUAUUCGAGCUAAGCUUUCUGGGCACGUCGUUGUAAUUUUAGACCCCAAAUUUUGUGGCCGAUUUCUAUUUGCGGUGCAUUUAUUUAUUUUUCUUUCUUUCUGGUGAAACAAACUUUGAAUACUUUAUCAGAUCUCAACAUGAACGUUUGAUUUUUCCAGAGAAAACCUCUAAGUGCAUUCAGAUCACUUGUUUUUUUUUUAACCGAUAUCUAGGUUUUGUUUAUUUGGUUUUAGGUGCCAUACCUAUGACUUUAUUUCUGUCUUUGUGUGUUUUUAUUGACUUUCUGGUAUUUGUAUGGUUUUCUUUUACUAUUUUCAAGACAAAUCAACAAGAUGAUCCACAGGUUUAGUCAUAGUAACUUCUUUUAGCUAACAUUUUGGACCAUUUGUUCUUUUACAGCAUUUAAAAACCAUGUAAAUGUUAUUUAAAAUGGACUGAAUUUUUGCAUUGAUCUGUAUGACCAAACUUGAAUGGAAUUCUUUGUCUCAUAUCCUAGCGAGUAACAGAGACAAUGGUUAUCAUCCUGUUUUGUACCUGCAUAAUUACUUCAUCCACUUGCCACUAACUUGCAAAGAAAUCUGGUGUUUGCCUCAGAAAAAAAAAAAGCCAAUUAAUUUGUGCCUAAAAUGUGCUCUAAAAGAAUAGAAACAUUAUGUGAAUGGUGAACUGGCUGUAAAUAUUAGGAACUAAUGAGAAACUAUUUAUUAAAAGUUUAUUGAUAUUGAA